AUGAAUGAUCCAAAGGAGGAUUUAUUGAGGACGAGCUUGGGCACUCAUUCCGAGCGCUGGCUGCAGCUCCCAGACACGACUGCAUCGGCCACGUAUAGCAUUGCGCAGUUGGUCUUUACAUCUUCUGACAUUACACGGCUAUUCCGAAGCUUUGAGAUGCUCUAUUACCCACACUUCUGCAUCCUCCACACGGUCACAUCCUUGACUAAGCUCCAUGAAGAUAGUGAGUUACUGUUCUGGACCAUUGUCGUAAUAGCUUCUCGCUACCAUCAAUUCUUCAGUGACCGCUACCCACCUCUUCUGGCUGCCCAUCACGCCUUACUGGCGAAAACAACUUCCGAGGCUAUCCAGUCUGUUGGCGAUCUCCAAGCCAUUCUUAUGACGUGCACGUGGCCAGCGGAGGUCCACAACCAGCCUCGUGAUCCUAGCUGGACGCGGCUGGGCUUGGCUAUCAAUGCCGCUCGUCAAAUGGGUCUUGACAAAGAGAUUGACGAGAUCUUCUUUGGUCAGAGACGAUCCCAUCAUCAGCUUGGGAAGCACCCACACCAUAUUCGCAGACUAACAUGGCUCAAAUGCUUUGAGCUAGAUGUUGAACUGAGCUGUUGGAAUGGUCUGUUGCCUACAUUGGCUUGCCCACUGGGCUUACAAACCAUUGCUUCAUUCAACAGCAUCAAUACCGCCCCUUGCACCUAUGUGGCCAUCAUCGAGAUUCACCGGCAGACGGCCAUGUAUCUUAGCGCACUCGGGGACGGCCUGGCAGGGACUUUGUCCCCUACAUUGGUUCGUCAGCAUCAUCGGGCGCUGACCAACGUGAAAAUCACACACGCCCAAGGAUGGACAGUCAACGCCGAAAUUGCGCUACAGGCAUCACAAGUCUACUUUUUCGCUUUGUGUCUAGUCAAGACAGAGUCACAACCCGACGCUGCAUCCGACGCGGAUAUGGCGCGCACAGUGCCAGUAUUCUUGCAGGAAAUGCUAGCUGGCGCACGAUCGACCGCGGUGCAGCUGAUUCGCCUGCUUACGAGUCUCUCUGGAGAACGAAACAGUGUAAGCCUUGGCCAGUUGAUCGAUUCGCACCCGCUCCCUGGCACACCCAAAGCCACUUCGCGUACUACAUUCUUCGCCGGCGUCGUUCUGCUCAAAUACCUUGAGACAACAGAAGAUUCCUCCGACCAGGAAGAUGCUGACACGGCGCGAGCUGCCUUCAGUAGCGUGCACAGGCUGUUCACUUGCUGUCCAGCGUCCGUCGAGCACAUGAGUGCAUCUCGAACUUUAGAGUGCGCAGGCCGUGCAGUAGGAUACCGUCAAUCGCGUAUCCCAGCACACAUCAACACGAGGAUGGGUGCUUCACUCCUACAUAACGUAAUCUGGAUGAGUGCUGUGUUGCGGGGCAGAGACAAGGAGCCGGAAUUUUCACAUAUUCCAGCACUGCAGGCGGCCUUAGCUGACUCGGCACACGGAUUGAGCCUUCUGAGGAGCCCGACUGAUCCCAUGAUUGCACCUGAGGAGGCAGCUGACAAUACACAAAGCUGGCGUCCAUCGUCAGAAGGAGUAGCUUCCGCGACCGAAUUUCCUUUUGGAGCUUGGGAUGACACAAACUACGACAAUUGGAUGGAAUAUGGAGGUCUCGAUUCAGAUUUCGACUGGAUUGUGCUUCAAUAUGUAUGA